GUAAACUGAAGGGUAAUAAUAACGGGCGGGAGUCUAGUACUGGUUCUCAAUGUUUUUAUCGUUUAAUUUAAAUUACAGCUUUCGCCAAACAUCUAUAAAAACAAAUUAAAAUGGAAACUGAACCAGGGACAAUGGCUACAACUCUAAAAGAUGAGAAAGGUCCAUCGCACAAAAGGCAAUCCUCAAGUGACAAAAUAGUUUCUUUGUUACACAAAUUACCACAAUUAGGAGAAAUUUUCGAACUUCAUUACAAGGUUGGAGAAGGAACAUUCAGUAAUGUAUACUUGGCCACUUUCCGUGAAGUUCCCAAAGCUAAAUUUGCUGUGAAACAUCUGAUUCCUACUUGCCAUCCUUCAAGAGUCAUUAGAGAACUAAAAUGCAUGCAAGAAAUCGGAGGCGUUGAUAAUGUUGUUGGAAUAUAUAUGUGUCUACGGAUGAAUGAUUGCAUUACAUUCGUAAUGCCUUAUCAACACCAUGACAAGUUCACUUCCUACCUCUAUGAUAUGGAUAUAGAUGAAAUACGACUAUACAUUAGGGAACUUUGUGUUGCAUUGCGAAGAGUUCAUUCCUUUGGAGUCAUUCACAGAGAUGUUAAGCCUGGGAACUUUUUGUAUAAUAGAGCAAAGCGGAAGUUUUUGCUGGUUGAUUUUGGUCUAGCACAAAAGGUUGGAGAAUGGUCAACAGACUCUUCAAAGAAACGUAAAAGAUGUAGUGAAGGGGAAAAUAAAGAACCUGCCGAAGUACAAGAACAAAAUGCCAAAAGAAUAUGUUUAAAGGAAAGACCUAGCGAAAUAAAACGAGCGCCACUUCAUGCAUGCAACGAGAAUAUUUCAUUUAUCAGGUCAUUUUCUCAGGUUUGUAAAGAAGCAAGACCCAAUUUAACAAAUAGGUGUGAAUGUGAUAGAAAGGCACGAGUGUGUAAUACAUGUUUGUCUCGGAAAGGUGGAAGUGCACCAAGAGCUGGUACACCAGGGUUUAGGGCUCCUGAGGUUUUGCUGAAAUCUCAUGACCAGACAACGGCUGUUGACAUGUGGGCCGUAGGUGUUAUACUUUUGUGUCUGUUAAGCAGAACAUAUCCCUUCUUCAGAGCACCUGAUGAUGUGACUGCUCUUGCUGAAAUGAUCACGGUUUUUGGUUCUGAAGAAAUCAAAAGCAUCGCAACCAAGCUUGGACGUCAUGUUGUAUGUUCUGAAACUUGUAAACCAUUGGAUCUUCGCGAAGCCUGUAAAUUUCUAAGAGAGAGAAGAAGACGUAUUAGCAACCCAGUUGAUAUUGAUAUUCCAGAUGAAGCUUUUUCUCUUCUGUAUAGGCUCCUAGAUCUUGACCAUACGUCUAGAAUAACAGCAGAGGAAACAUUAUCACAUCCGUUUUUAGCAAAACCUUGACCUGUCUGAGAAUAUGCCCAUCAUUGGCAAAAUAUCUACCUCAAAUGGAGUAAUAUAUAUGUAUGUAACAGGAUCGUUUCUUUAUUUUGAAGUAGGUGCCAUUUAAUUAAUAUAAAUGUUACACUAUUGUGAGUUUUCAUGUGAG